AGCACUACCUAAAGCGGGGCUUACCGGGCACUAGAUAUGGUUGCCCGGGUCAGCGUCAUGGCUGCCCGGCUAUCAAGGACCCGGUGGGCUAUUGCAUUUGCAGCUACACGCAGAAGCCCGCUGAUUUCCUGCCGGAGGUGUUCCGGUGUCUCGGCAGACACAGUGUACGAUGUAGUGGUGUCGGGCGGAGGCCUCGUGGGUGCUGCCAUGGCCUGUGCCUUGGGACAUGAUAUCCACUUCCGUGAUAAAAAAAUCCUGUUGCUGGAAGCAGGUCCAAAGAGAGUUCUGGAGAAGUUGUCAGAAACAUACAGCAACAGAGUCAGCUCCAUAUCCCCUGGCUCUGCAACUCUUCUCAGUAGUUUUGGUGCUUGGGAUCAUAUCUGCAACAUGAGAUACAGAGCCUUUCGGCGAAUGCAGGUGUGGGAUGCGUGCUCAGAGGCCUUGAUAAUGUUCGAUAAGGAUAAUUUAGAUGACAUGGGCUAUAUAGUGGAGAAUGAUGUCAUCAUGCAUGCUCUUACUAAGCAGCUGGAGGCUGUGUCUGACCGAGUGACUGUGCUGUACAGGAGCAAAGCUGUUGGCUACACCUGGCCUGGUCCAUUUUCCAUGGCAGACUCCAGCCCUUGGGUCCAUAUUACCCUAGGUGAUGGCAGCACCCUCCAGACAAAAUUGUUGAUUGGUGCUGAUGGUUACAACUCAGGAGUACGGCAGGCUGCUGGAAUCCAGAAUGUUAGUUGGAACUAUGACCAGUCUGCUGUCGUGGCUACUCUCCAUUUAUCAGAGGCCACAGAAAACAAUGUAGCCUGGCAGAGAUUUCUUCCCUCUGGGCCUAUUGCUCUGCUCCCGCUCUCGGAUACCCUGAGUUCCUUGGUCUGGUCGACAUCCCAUGACCAUGCUGCGGAGCUAGUAAGCAUGGAUGAGGAAGAGUUUGUGGAUGCCAUUAACUCUGCCUUUUGGAGUGAUGCAAACCACAUGGACUUCAUUGAUUCAGCUGGGACCACGUUGCAAUAUGUUGUCACCCUUCUGAAGCCCACUAAGGUCUCAGCUCGCCAGCUACCCCCAAGUGUAGCAAAGGUGGAUGCAAAAAGCAGAGUCCUCUUUCCUCUGGGGUUGGGACAUGCUGCUGAGUAUGUCCGGCCUCGGGUGGCACUCAUUGGGGACGCAGCCCACAGAGUCCACCCGCUUGCAGGACAAGGUGUCAACAUGGGCUUUGGGGAUAUCUCCAGCUUGGUCCAUCAUCUCAGUACUGCAGCCUUCAAUGGGAAAGACUUAGGUUCUAUGAGCCACCUUGCAGGUUAUGAAACAGACAGACAGCGCCACAACACUGCUCUUUUGGCUGCCACAGACUUACUGAAAAGACUGUAUUCCACCAGAGCCGCUCCACUUGUGCUGCUCAGGACGUGGGGUUUGCAGGCCACUAAUGCAAUGUCUCCACUCAAAGAACAGAUUAUGGCCUUUGCCAGCAAAUGAGUGCUACUCUUCUGGAGAUUAUGCUGUUGAAAGAAGAUCCUGCCCUGCAACCACCACAUACAUUUUCAAGAUUUGAUUUAAUAAACUUACUUUUGUUCACUGA